GCCACUACGGCGUUGCAAUUGUUGGAUGUUCUAUCUGGACGCUGACUCAAUCACGCCACGAAAAGUCAAUGUGUUGACCCCCCUCCACAUGUACAAUAGUGAGGGAUACCUGCGCCAGGCGGCCGUUCCCCGUGCCGAAGAGCUUAUUGAGAGCACUAUCGCGCCAAUCAGUGACGACCCUGAUCGGCGCUUUCACAAAUGGUACAGGGCCGUGCGGAAGGCCCUCAAGAGCGAUAAAGAUGUUGAAACGAACGAGGCGAAGCAUGAAGAUACGGAGGACGAGGUAGAGUCCGAGACGACGUACGACACGGAAGACGACACAGAGGACGAGAUGGAGGCGACGAAGGACAAGACGGAGGACGAGACAAUGGGUUCUUUGGUUGUGGAGUCUGAUCACGAUGUUGACCGCACCGGCUUGCAGGAUCGCCUUGAGCUGGGUACAAAGAACACGGACUUUCUUUUCUCAUCUCCCUCUUCGUGUCUUCUCUCUGGAAGGAGUAGAAUCUGA